AGUCUGUACUUCACUCACCUGCCACAUAAAAGAAGGCGUGUUUUUUUUACACAAAACACCUUAAAGGCAGCAAAGGAGAGGCAGCGUGAGAGAAAAAUGCAGCGAGCGAGCUGAGUUGUGACUCGGCAGCUUCUACCUGCAAAAACUUGUCUGCCCACUCAUUUGUUUUCAUUCAUCCACCGCGAUCCCUUGUGACUAAGAAGUGGUGUUUGGAUAAACAGGCGUCAGAUAUGCCUCGACUGGACGAGGGUCUAGCUAUGCUGUCGGCGUGUGAGCGCACGGAUCACCGUAGACCUGGAGCCAUGAUCGCACUGUCGCAAAGGCUUCAGGUGUGAGCCGACACCGGAAUCUUCACACACUCGCAGAGGGCGAUGGGUGUGGCAAAGCAGAAAGGGACUCUGAGACGCGCUUGGAUCCAGUACUGCUUUUGGUGUCUGGCUUUUCUUUUGUUGCUGGGGACCAUUUGCAUGUAUCGCAUUUUCAGCACUCAUCUCCCCAAACAGAAAGCAGUUUCGUAUUUGGAUCUGGAAUCCUUCUAUGUCCCUUACCCAAACAAAUACCGCUUCAUUCUGGACCAGCCACACGUGUGCGAGCUCCGCAACCCGUACGUCGUGAUCAUCGUCCCGGUGGCGCCCCACGAUGUGCAGGCACGUAACGCCAUAAGGAGCACUUGGGGGAACGACAGCUUGGUCAAGGACGGAGACGUUUUGGUUCUGUUCCUGCUGGGUUUGCCGAGUGGGAGUGACUUCAUCGCGCAACAGCUUCACAUACACCAGGAGAACGAGCGGCACCGGGACUUGCUUCAGAGCAACUUCAUCGACUCCUACAGGAACCUGACGAUUAAGACUAUGGUGAUGCUGGAAUGGCUGCGGGAUCACUGUCUGCAGGCGUAUUACGCAGCGAAAGUGGACGCCGACAUGCUGUUAAACGUCGUCGCUUUGACGCAGAUGCUGCUCGGUCCCAGCGGGUAUCACACCAACUACAUCACGGGACUGGUGUGGUACGAGAACGUAGUCAUCAGAGAUCCGUCCAGCAAGUUUUAUAUCCCGUACGAGGUGUAUCCCAAACCGGUGUAUCCGCCAUACCCUUUGGGAAUGUGCUACAUCAUUUCCAUGGACCUCCCAGAGAAGAUCCUGGACGUGUCGAAAAAAAUCAAACCCAUUUUCAUCGAGGACGCGUACAUCGGCUUGUGUCUGGAGCAGCUUCGCAUCACUCCCACGAACCCUCCGAACAUAGAGCAGUUUGUGGUCAAGCCACCUGAGGAGUACGACCGCUGCUACUACUCGGACCUCAUUGCCGUGAUAACAAACAGUCCUGCUCAGCUGGUCUCCUACUGGACAGAUCUUCAAAAACCAGGCCCAGCCUGCAACGAGGGGACUCGCAUCUAGUCCUUCAGGGUUAGGAAAUGAUUUCAUGGACUGAAACUGAAGUGGCUUUCAUUUUGUUGUCCAAUUUUAUAAAGAAAUCUGAAACAGCACUUGUAUCUUGUUGCACAUCACACUGUUACGUGUCGUCUGUAGAUAACUAGCUAGCUAAACAGCUUAACUUUUUUUUUUUUUUUUUUAAACUUCACUAAAGGGAACAAAAACACUAAAACACAAUCUUGAACAUUUACUUUACUCUGUUGUAUCAAAGUUCGGAGGUGAAUGUUGGUCAGUUUUAUUCAGGUGCCUGCUUUUUCUUUUAGUUUUGCUUUUUUUUUCUCUUUUUUUUUUGUUGCAGUUU